GGAAGCGGAAGCGGAAGCAAAUUGGCGCGGCCCUCGGGCGAAGAUGGCGGCCUGUGGUGCGGAGUGUCCGAGCUCGGCCUCCUCGGGGCCCGUCUGCCUCCUCGUGCUGGGCAUGGCCGGGUCCGGGAAGACGGCGCUCGUCCAGCGCCUGGCGGCCCACCUGCAGGGAAAGCACUGCCCACCCUACAUCAUCAACCUGGACCCUGCUGUCCACACGCUGCCCUUCCCGGCCAACAUUGAUAUCCGGGACACAGUCAAGUACAAAGAAGUCAUGAAGCAAUACGGACUGGGCCCAAACGGAGGCAUUGUGACUUCCCUCAACCUCUUCGCCACAAGAUUUGAUCAGGUGAUGACGUUUAUUGAAAAACGACAGACUGCGUCUCAGUACGUCCUGAUUGACACUCCUGGGCAGAUUGAGGUCUUCACCUGGUCCGCCUCAGGGACCAUCAUCACGGAAGCCUUGGCCUCCUCCUUCCCUUCGGUGGUGGUUUACGUGAUGGACACCUCUCGCAGCACCAGCCCCGUCACCUUCAUGUCCAACAUGCUCUAUGCCUGCAGCAUCCUCUACAAGACAAAGCUCCCGUUCAUCCUGGCCAUGAACAAGACGGACAUCAUCGACCACCGCUUUGCCGUGGAGUGGAUGCAGGACUUUGAGGCCUUCCAAGAAGCCCUCAACCAGGAGGCCUCCUACGCCAGCAACCUGACACGCUCCAUGAGCCUCGUUCUGGAUGAGUUCUACGGCUCUCUCAAGGUGGUGGGGGUCUCUGCUGUCCAGGGGACUGGGAUGGAGGAGUUCUUUGAGCUGGUGUCCCAAGCGGCCGAGGAAUAUGAAAGGGAGUAUCGCCCAGAGUAUGAGCGGCUGAGGAAGAAACUGGAGAAGGCCCAGAGCCGGCGGCAGCAGGAGCAGCUGGAGCGCCUGCAGAGAGACAUGGAUGUGGCUGCGGAGGGAGGCCCUGCAGCAGCAACAGCAGCAGCGGGAUCGUCUUCGGUGGGCCCCUCGGGCCUGAUCCUGACGCGAGGGACGCUGGUGGAGGGAGAGGACCAAGAGGAAGCCCUGGACAGCGACACCGAUGACAUUGACCACGAAGCAAAUGAAGAGAGCCACGAAGAGCCGGCCUUCCAGAACUUCCUGCAGGAAGCCAAGCAGCGCUACCGGGCCAGAAGCAAACACUAGCCACCCAAGAAGGAAGGAAGGAAGGAAGGAAGGAAGGAAGGAAGGAAGGAAGGAAGGAAGGAAGGGAGGAAGGGAUGCAGACUCUGGAUGGGACUCAGCUGGACAGCAACCCACCCCCAGUAUACUAGAGACGUUGUGGUUCCCUGGGGUCUUCAGGGUGAAGUGUCCCCUGCUCCCAAAAUCUCUGGCUCUUGGGAAGGACUCAGCGCAUCUGCCUCCUGCAUCCAUUUGGGAAUUCUGUAAUAUUUUCUCUUGUGUGUGGCUUUUGUAACUUAUUAAGAAACAUCUAUUUUGCUA